GUUCCGACGCCAUAUUGUAUUUUUAUUAAUUUUCCUUUUGUAAAAUAUCGAAAAUGGUGCACCAUAGCUUUCAUUUUAUUAUAUGUAUCAUUGAUCCAACUUAAUAUUUAUUUUUACCUUACACUUUGGAUGUAAAAAAGGUUUAACCAAUGGAGUCAGUAGACACAAGCAACCAUAUGUGCUUGAUCUGCAAUCAAACAAUCAUUGGCCUUCUCAACUACGUGGACCAUUUCAAGUCCCACGCUACACCCCAGGAUGGUCACAUAGUGGAACAGAAGGUCUCAUCCUGGGACCUAAAACAGGUGAUAGUCCCAUGUUCUGGUGACAAGACCCAGCCUGAGGCCAAGAAACAUGGCACUGACUCCACAGCGCAGCACACUGCCCAGGGGUCUGGCUCUUACAGUGCAGACACGUCUCCCUUGCCAGAAUUCAUUGACAACAAUGAUGACUUUACAGAUGCUGACCUUGACACUGAUACCCUCAUAUCCCAGAGGCACUGUCCAGAUUUUUUCCAGUCCCUGGAGCUUAAAAGUGCAACAGAUGAACCAGCCCCCAGGCAGAAGAUCAAAGCUGUGCAGAAGUUGUCCAUCUUUGAAGAUGACCAGCAUGCCGAGUCCUUGCUUCCCAUCUCCAGUAUUCUAAGUCACCUCAACUUCAGCAGCGAUGAAGAGCUCCUGGCCAUUUCAGAUAACGAAGCCGACGGACAGCAAAGUAACGAAGACAGCUUCUGGCUGUCUGAGGAUGAGCGCUAUUCAUCUCACCCCCCUCAAGGUCACACAGGUGGCAAGUGGAACCCUGGAGAAGGCCCCAAACGUAGGAUGCCUAUUGCUGGGAAAUGGAAACCAGGUGAAGGCCCUGGCCCAGCCUGUCGUAAAAACAUUGUCAAAAGAACCAGGGGAGCUAAGAGCGAUGCUGGGAAAACCUUCUACUGCAAUGUCUGUAACUCUUGUUACAGUAACCGCAUCACGUACUCACUCCAUUUUAGCCAGGCACAGCACAAGCAGUUAGCUGAGGAGAAGAAGAAUGCCAAAGCUAUGCCAGAUUUUCUUGAAGAAAAUGGGAGGCUAGAGGAAGCUGCUGCACAAGCUCACCACAAGCAGGCUGAUGGGGCAGAUGAUGGCUCAGGGAAGGCUAAAAAUAGAAACAAUGUGCGCCAUUGCCAAGUUUGUGAUCUGUACUUUGACAAUGCCAAUGUGUUCUCCAUUCACUGUGAGACCAAACUUCACAAAGACGCCACACUCAAGAGAGGGUUCAGAGAGUACAAAGGUAGUGAUGGCUCCAUCAUCAGGAUUGAUGUCAAUAAUGAAACCAUUUCUAAAGAUGACCCUAAUGACUUGUGGUGUAGUCUAGCUGGUAGCUUAAGAUCAUCAUCUCUAACCUGUUUUUCUGAUGGCAAAGAAACAGAAAGCCACCAGUGUAACAUUUGUGACAAGCAGUUCAAACGCAAGUACGAGAUGGCCCGCCACCUACUGACCCGCAUGCACCGGGUCAGGGCCCUGAAAAACCCUGAAGCUGACUCGGUGGAGAUGCUGAAUAAGUACAACAAGUACAUGACUCGCCUCAGCCCUUUCCAGUGUGGUGUGUGCCAGUACUACUUCAACAGGCAGAGAGAUUUCCUGGACCAUAUGGGCAGCUCUCUUCACCUGAUGACUUGCCAGGAGAUGCUUGGACCAAUCUUGUGUGUGCCAUGUAAAUACAAAACUCACAAACACAACGAGAUGAUGGAGCACCUUCAUUACCCAGACCAUUUUGCUGCGGUGGAGAAGAAACACGGCAUCUGUAUUGUGCGAGAGAGCCACACCCGCAUCACCUGCAAGUUCUGUGGGGUCAAAAUGUACUCGGCUGUCAGGAUGAGGAGACACUGCCAGCAGCGCCAUGCUGACCGCUUGACCGAGGUCCAGGUGACCAUGUUUGUCAAGCCUGUGGAGUUCAACGUCCACAAGUGCCCACUCUGUGAGAAAUCUUUUAGGGCCAAAAGUCUGCUGCAGUUCCACUUUUUAAAGGUCCACAGAAGUAUGUCACUGUUCAACUGUGCUGUAUGCAGUAGGGGGUACCUGGACCAGCGACGGUUAGAUAACCAUCUCAGAACCAGGUUCCAUGCCAAGCGUGUCAUAGCCAACAAGCUGAAAGAGGCGCAGAAGGUCAAGGUAGCAGCCUUGAAAGAACAAGCAGCACUAGGUGUCUUGAAGAGAAAAAGAGGUCGACCAAGGCUAGCUGACAAGCUGAAGCCACCUAAGAGGGUGGAGCCCCUGGUUCUCCAUGUCAAGAAACCACUGGUGGGUGAGUAUGUGGACAGACCCAGGAGGAGCACCCGCAAGAGAAAGAUCAUGGAAUUCUUUGAUGAUGAUGACGACGAUGAUGAAUCCGAGAAAGAAAAGUCAAGAAAGGAGAAAAAAGAAAAAACAAACACAAAGUUGAGCAAGGUGAAGGAGAGUUUGCCAGACAGUAAACAGGUGUCAGCUGUGUGUGGUACUGUCAAGAGACCUAAAGGUAGACCCAGUAAGAAAGUCAAGGAGAACACAGUGAAAGCUGAUACUACAGCUAAAGGGAGAGAACCACAUUCUAGUGACCCCAUCCAGCCCCAUACAGACAACACAUCAGUAGAUGUUAAACCUGAACACAGACCUGUAACUGAUGAUGAAAGUGCUGCGUCUGUUGGUGAUGAUGAUGAUGAUGGUUCAAGUUUUGACAGCGAGGAUGAGAUGAACCCUGACAUUGAUGAUGAGAAGCUGAUGGAAGCCAGCAAACACAUUUUCUCCUGCACAUACUGUGACUUUGCUGCCACUGACUUGACGGAGCUGAGAGGGCACUACAAUGAAAACCACCCCAAUGACAUCCUGGCUUGUCAGCCUUGCAACCAGUACUUCCUGUCUCUCAAGGCCUACAAGAUCCACUGCUCUGGCCGUGGUCACCAGCUGAAGCUGAGAGAACAGUCAGGUGAAACCAAGAUGCACAAGUGCCCCAUGUGUGAGAAGAGGUUCCUGCAGGAGUCCUGCUGUCUGCUGCACCUGGAGACUGUCCACCGGCACCCCAGCUGUGAGGCUGACCUUCAGAGGUUAAACAAGGGUCAGGACCUGGUCACCCAACUGUAUGGGGACCAUGUGAAGCAGGUGGAGUGUCUGAGCAACGACACAUCAGUCUCCUGUCCAGAGUGUGGCAAGUUUGUCAGGAAGGACACUCUAGUUGAGCACCUGCGCCUACACACUGGGGAGCGCCCGUACACCUGCAGGUUCUGCAGCAAGGGGUUUGCAGGUAGAUUAACCCUGAGGAGACACAUAUCAAGUCACCUCAACAUGCCCAUGUUCAUGUGUGACACCUGCGGGAGGGAGUUCAAGCGGAACAAUCACCUCAUCAAGCACCUGCGCCAACAUGACUUUGAGAAGAGAGGAGAAAGCUAUGUUUGUCAAGUUUGUAAAGCAUGUUUCUUUACACCUGAAGAGCUGGCGCGGCACAUGCGUCGCCAUGGAGACCGCAACUACAAAUGCACCUGGCCAGGUUGCCACUGGACGUUUGUGUUGAGUGGUGAGCUCAAGUCUCACAUGUUCACCCACACGGGGGAGAAGAAGUACCUCUGUGACUCGUGUGGGUUUGGUGCCCCCACCAAGACCAGGCUCAGGCGCCACGUCAAAACACACGACAAGUCCCGCAACUUUAACUGUGAUUACUGCCCCUACAAAGCUUCCUGCAAGACCCAUUUAAAGAGACAUAUGAGGAUUCACAUCAACUCUAGACCCUUUGCUUGUCCGUACUGUAAUUAUACGUGCAACACACAUGAAAAUAUCCGUAAACACAUACUCAAGACCCAGAAACACAAGGGGAUGAAGCUGUACCCAUGUAAGUUGUGUGGUAACUUUGGCUGUGACUCCAGCAAGGAAUUCAGGGCUCAUCUGAUGACUGUGCAUGAAAAUUACCUGAAAGAAAAUGCUGUGGACUCGCUAGCUGUUUUCUCUGGCCUAUACAAGCGUGAAGAGGACUACCAAAAACCUAAAGAAGGUUCUGAGAUCAUUCAGGUGACUAAAGGCAGGUUUUUUAGGUCCUACCAAAACCCUGGUGCACCCAUUGAACCCCCUAAACCAAAGAAACCUAAAAAGACAGCCCACAAGAUGGAGGAGGUCAAGGUUCAUAUAGUCCCACCCUCAGAGCUGGAGAGAGAUAUCUUGGGUUCUGAUCCCAAGGAGAAAGAACCAAAACAAACAAUGUCUGUUUAUUCUGAGGAACAUAAGCCGUUGAUGCUGCAGUCCUCCCAGCAACAGGACUCUGCCAAUGUGAUGAUCUCCCUCAGGGAGCAGCACACGGAGUCUGAGCACGAGGAGGAGUCUCCAGACGGGGAGGUGGACCAGGAGGUGGAGAAUGCUCAGUACAUCGAGGUCCCCAACAUGGUGAUCCACACCUUCAACUCACAGCAGACCCAGCCCCUCCCCUCAGCCACCACCUUCUCCAUCCAACCCCAGGCCCAGCAGCUGCCUGUGACCGUCACUCUAACUGAUGAUAAGCUCUACUGGACAGUGGUGCCGGACCAGAAGGUCAUCCUCCCCCAGACGUCAGCCCCAGAGCCGUGGUACUCCGGCAUGCCCCAGGUGCACGCCCCCACCACACAGGAGUUGCAGCAGUACAGCCACCCAGGCAACCUGCUCCCUGCCAACUACUUCUGUAACAUUCCAGUGGGGGACAUCCAGAGCAUCCAGAACACAGUCAGUGGACAAAUCUAUACUGGGAUUGUAGAGAAUAUUGUUGUCCUUAAUGACCCCACUCGUACUGAGAGUGCCAGUCUUUAGACUUACAGGUUGUUUGAAUGAGUUGAAUCAAUGAAUGAUGAUUGUUUCAUUGAAGUGACGCCCACACAAUGUUGAUAGAUUGUUUUAAUGAGAUCACACAAAACUUUUUGUUUUGUUUAGACUUGCUACAUUAAAGCUGCAAAAUUUAAGGUCAAAUUUUAAAAAAAAAAUGAA